GAUCGACGAGCUGCAGCACGCAUGUAUUUCCCCAUCCGAGUGUUCCGAGCAUUUGCGGCUCGCACAAUCAUCAUUCCGGUUUUUCUGUUGUUUAAGAAGCACUUUCGUGCGGGAUGCAAUUGGGAUGAGCCCGAAAUAAAUAGCACACAGACAGACAGAAACGCACCCCGAAAAAUGACGCUUUCCUUCCAUGCGGAAAGAGAUGCACGGCGCAAUAAUUCGAUAUCGGACGCACCAACACAGGCGCGAAAGUUUGCCGGGCCUGGGGAAACAAAACGGGACCUACACGAACGACAAACCUAACCAAACCAAGCCCGACGUCAUCGGUGUCGAAGUGAAGCAGGUUUUCGCAACAAGCAGACGAAAGCGUAGGUCGGCCGAGCAUUCGAACGUCCAGUAGUAUCGGUGAUACGGCGGAUGUGCUCUAACCGGUAACGCUGGAAGUAGUUUAGUAGUCGGCUUUCGCUGGUACCCGCUAGGUAGAACGUUUGCCUGUCCGCAAAUAUCGUCGCGUCUUCGUUCAAAAAAGGGGUUUUGUCAUGUGUGCAUUUAGGAAGUUGCAUUCGUUACAGUUUUGUGUCAUUUAAAGCCACAACGUGGUAAUGCAAACGAUUCUCGUUAACGCUUAAUCGUGGUGCUGCUCUUGCAGCAUGAAUCAUAAAACAGCAGGAAUAAAAACUGCAGCCUGAUGUUAACAGCUGAUGUGUUGAAGGUCAAUGGUAAGAGAGCACAGCCCACACUAGAUCAAAACACAAGAAACACAUGUUUGGCAGAUCGCAACUAAGUAACAUUUUUGGAGCUGAUCGCUAAUAAACCAGUUCAACAGUUAAGUGCUAAAGAAUGUGCUAAGCGUGUUCAAUCGUUCCAAGUUGUCUCGUGCUCAGAAAGGAAGGGCUCUCGUUACUCAUUCGAGCAAAAUUCAGUGAAAGUGUUUGUGUGUUAAUUGUUCGCAUCAUUAUCAAAUCGAUUUGUGCGUGUAGGUCUGUGUGGUAAGUGUUACUACACGAAAGGAGUGGAAUGGCAGCAGGAACUGGGCGAACACUGGAAAGUAUCAUAUUGUCAAUGGUGAAUUGUGGUGAUUAAAGCUUCUUAAAGUACGCUUGGAAGCAAAUCAACCCACAAACAUUAAAAGGGUGUUCUGAUCUUUCGCUACACAAGCAUUAAAGCCGCAACUCCAAAAACUAGACAAGAGAUUAUGCGAUAUUAUCAGCGUAAUUAAGGAUAUAAUUAACUUAAAAGGAUAGUACACAUCCACAGUCAAGAAAUAUCUACGACAUUUUGGGCAACUUUUUUCAGAGUUCGUACCGAGCAUCGAGUGUUUGUGUAAUGUUAAAAUACUGACGAAUCUAAUGUGAUGUGUAGUGAUUAGUGUUCGCAAUAAGAAAAACGUCCGAUUAUGUGCAAACGGAUCCGAUGCUCUCUAGUCGCAAGUGUAAUCGUGUAAUUGGUGUACCGAUAAACGUGUAACAAUUUAUCCCGUUCAAUUAGUCACACAAAACAAAGAAGUGAAGAAGUGAUUUCUUUGUCCCUUUCAGCAAAAAAGGGAAACCGAUUGUGUGCGCGCGUGUGUGUGUGUUUUUGUGCAAAGUUGCAGUAUUUCUGUUUAAUUUUUUAUUUUUCACCCACCCGUGUGCGUGUGCGUUGUCGCGGCCGUUCAACACGCCGUUACGACAAACGCGAAAACCAAAAUCCGUCAAACUGGCCGCCUCAAUAGCAAUGAAUCCCCACUACCAUCCGUAUUCGGAUCUAUCCUCACCACAUUCACCCAGUCCGGACAAUGCCGGCAGCUACCCGCAGCUAACGCCACACCAUAACGGGCAUGGUGGGGGUGGUGGCGGCGGUGGUGGUGGUGGCGGUGGUCCAAACUCGAUGGUCAGUCAGAUGGACGGUCAGCAAGGAUUCCACCAGAUGAACAGUGGUAAUGGUGGUGGACCGGUGAAACAUUGUGCAGGUUGUGGAGGCAAAAUCACGGAACGCUUCUUUCUACAUGCGCUGGACCGAUAUUGGCACAACUCCUGUUUGAAAUGUUCCUGCUGUGGAGCGAUGCUGGCCGAUAUCGGUUCCAGUUGCUACACCCGCAGUGGCAUGAUUCUCUGCAAAGCCGAUUACUCCAGAUUAUUCGGUUCCGGUGCUUGUUCCGCCUGCCAUCAAACGAUACCCGCCAACGAGUUUGUGAUGCGAACGACGUCCCACACGACGAUAAACAACAACCUGAACAAUGCGGCGAACAACAACAAUCAAAACGGUGCCGUCAACAAUAAUAAUAAUAACAACAACAACAACAAUGGCCAAUCGGUACCCCAGCAUCACGUGUUUCACCUGAAGUGCUUCCAGUGCUCGAAGUGCGGCAGCCAUCUGGUGCAGGGCGACCGGUACUAUAUGCUCGGCGGCAGUCUCGUCUGCGAGCCGGACUGGCACAAGCUGGUGAAGACAACGAAUAGCCAAACGAAUCCGCCACUGCGCAAGGGCAAAGUCGGAAGGCCACGGCGCUCCCGCGACUGA